AUGGGAGAGGAGAACCAAACCUACGUGACUGAAUUUGUCUUCCUGGGUCUUUCACAGGAUCCACAGACUCAAGUCUUGCUCUUCUUCCUCUUUCUGAUCAUCUACCUGCUGACGGUGCUGGGAAACCUGCUGAUUGUUGUGCUCAUUCACAUUGACUCCAGACUGCACACACCCAUGUACUUUUUUCUUAGAAAUUUGUCCUUUGCUGAUCUCUGUUUUUCCACUACUACAGUCCCUCAGGUUCUAGCCCACUUCUUAGUGAAGAAGAAAACCAUUUCCUUUGCUGGUUGUUCAACACAGAUAUUUGUUUUUCUUUUGCUAGGGGGUACAGAGUGUGCUCUGUUGGCAGUGAUGUCCUAUGACCGCUACGUGGCUGUGUGCAAGCCCCUGCACUACUCCAGCAUCAUGACACACUGGGUAUGUGUCCAGCUGGCUAUAGGGUCUUGGACCAGUGGAGCAUUUGUGUCACUGGUGGACACUACAUUCACAUUGUGUCUGCCUUAUCGUGGAAAGAACAUCAUCAAUCAUUUUUUUUGUGAACCUCCUACCCUCCUGAAGCUGGCUUCAACAGACCCUUACAACACAGAAAUGGCCAUCUUUGCAAUGGGCAUAGUCAUCCUCCUGGCUCCUGUCUCCCUUGUCCUUGUCUCCUACUGGAAUAUCAUCUCCACUGUGAUCCGGAUGCAGUCUGGGGAGGGGAGGCUCAAGGUCUUCUCGACCUGUGGUUCCCACCUUACUGUCGUUGUUCUCUUCUAUGGCUCAGCAAUAUUUGCUUACAUGAGGCCAAACUCCAAGAAAAUGAGUGAAAGGGAUAAAAUGAUCUCUGUGUUCUACUCAGCAAUAACACCAAUGUUGAACCCCAUCAUUUAUAGUCUGCGGAACAAGGAUGUUAAAGGUGCUCUCAGGAGAGUAAGUGCAAAAUUAUCUUUUUAG